AUGAGCAUGCAGAACUUCAAUACGUCUGAAUCCAAUUCGGAGGAUGUUACAGUAACUGCAAUGGCCCUUUCUUGUAUAGCUUUCAGGACAGUAGCGCUCAAGUCCAAGGCCAAUGGAAAAUUCGUAACGGCACAAAAUUCUGGUUCUCUUCCAUUAAUUGCACGUUCGGACGCGGUGAACGAAUCGGAAAAAUUCGAUAUCAUUCCGGUGGAUGAAAACCUCAGCCAUAUUGCGUUAAGAGCCGUCGCCAACCAGCUGUAUGUGACAGCCGACAAUGUUGGUGCCGGUCCAUUGAUUGCCAAUCGAGAUCAAAUCGGCACAUGGGAAACGUUUCAAGUGGUGAAACUCGCUGAUGGCACCCAAGCAUUCAAGUCAAUGGCCAAUAAUCUUUUCGUUUGUGCGGACAAUGGUGGAAAUAGUCCUCUCAUCGCCAAUCAGGAUUCAGCAAGCGCAUGGGAAGCAUUCGAGGUCAUUUCACAAUAG